AUGGUUACAUCGUCGCAUCCCACGAUAGUCACAGAGGCCAUCACAAUCUCCGUAAGCCUUACUGAGGAAGCAAAGAGAAUGAACAAAAUUGAAAAGAAAGGUACCGAGAAAACAAAGGAAAAACAAGUGGAAUCCGUGUCACAUGACAACAAGUGGAAAUUCUCUCAGUUUAGGAAAGGAUCUCGACCAAGCAAUAAGAAAAAGGAAAACCCCAUAAAGAAAACGGGUAAAGCAUUUGUGGCAGCAGCAGAGACAGAACCGAAAGGGUAUGUAGGAAAUGCACCUAAGUGCAACCGAUGCGGUUAUCAUCACACUGGUAGUUGUCGAACUAUCAAGUGUGACAAAUGCGGGAAGAUGGGUCACCGCACAGAAAGUUGUUGGAGUAACAACAAAGGGAAAAGAAACGAAGGUAAGAAAGAAGGAGGCAGUGGUAAUGGAAACGAAAGAGGGAAGAACCAAGGUUGUUUUAAUUGUGGUGAUAUGGGACACUUCAAGAAGGACUGUCCAAAGGAGAACCAAGGCCGCGGACGAGCCUCUGUGAGCUCAAGAGGCGCGACAGGAUCCAAAUGUGAUCACCGUGCAGAUUUUAGUUUUAUAUCUUUAGAAUUUAAAGAUAUACUUGGACUAAAGUCAAUUAAACUAGAUAAUUCGUUCACUAUCGAAUUAGCGAAUGGAAAAGUGAUUGAAUCCGAUAAAAUUGUUAAAGGAUGUUCCUUAGAGUUAGGAGGACGAAAAUUCAAAGUUGACCUAAUACCCGUUCAACUAGGUAGUUUUGAUAUUGUAAUCGGAAUGGAUUGGCUAUCCACCAACCAAGUCGAAGUCGUGUGUUACGAAAAAAUCAUUCGGAUUCCCCUUCCUAAUAACGACACACUUCUUGUUCAUGGUGAGAAAAACGAAAUGCCGUUACGAAUUAUUUCCUGUAUGAAAGCCCGAAAGUGCCUACGAAAAGGAUGUAUAACAUUCUUAGCGCACAUAGUUGACAAAAAAGCCAAGGAGCUAAAACUUGAGGAGAUCCCGGUUGUGAAGGAAUUCCCUGAAGUUUUUUCAGAAGACUUGCCGGGAUUACCACCACAAUGA